GGUCCGGCACGAUUUAGAAUUAGCACAUGUCAAAUUAAGAUGUAAAUCUGUAUGAUUUGCCCAAAACAAAAAGCUGACUUAAAAAAAUAUCGAUCUGCUUUCAAAUUUUUAGUUGUUCAUUUAUUAUAUAAAUAUUUAUUUGACUUAUUUUAUGCUUUUUAAUAAAAUAUGAAAAUAAAUUUGUGAUGUUAUCUAACUUUCAAGAUUCAUUCGUGUAUUGAGGAUUAGUUUUAAACAAUUUAAUUUAUAUUUUUAGAAAACACUAUUUUUAUAAAAUAAAUCGCAAAUGAACAAAAUGUCGAUAAUAAAUAUGGAAAACGUCAUGAAAAAAGACGGACUUCCACCUCCAUAUGAAAUGCCACCAAGUGAGGCUCAGUAUUUUGAAAAACUUUAUUUUAAGGCAAAACACAUGAUGAAAUAUGCAUCAUUGGCUACUCUUACAUUGCAAAAUGCUUCUUUGAAUUUGAUGAUGCGGUAUGCACGGAUGCAGAAAGAAUUAUUUAUAUCAAGCACGGCUGUUGUGAUGGCAGAGAUCCUGAAGCUUUUAAUUUGCCUUUUCAUGGUUGGAUUUGAAGAAGGAAACUUUUGGUUGCUUAUAGGUGUCUUAAAAAAAGAUAUUCUUAAGCAACCCAUUGACACAUUAAAGGUUGCCAUUCCAUCAUUUGUGUAUUUGUUACAGAACAAUCUUUUAUAUGUAGGUGCAACACAUUUAGAUGCUGCUACUUGCCAGGUGACAUAUCAACUUAAAAUCCUAACCACAGCACUUCUUUCUGUUCUCAUGUUAAAAAAGAAGUUAAGUGUACAGCAGUGGAUUUCUCUUGUUACACUUUUUGCUGGUGUGGCCAUUGUUCAGCUGGCUCAGCUGAAUGCCCCUACUUCUGGUGAAACCAACCAUGAACAAAAGCCAUUCUUGGGAAUGGUGGCUAUUGUUGUUGCUUGCUGUCUGUCUGGAUUUGCUGGAGUUUAUUUUGAAAAGAUUCUCAAGAGUACGGAUGAAAUCUCUGUGUGGAUGAGGAAUAUUCAGUUAUGUAUUGCAUCAAUUCCUCUUGGUUUUGGGACCAUCUACUUCAUGGAUAGGGAUGAAGUAUCAACGAAAGGUUUCUUCUAUGCCUAUAAUUCAAUUGUGUGGGUUGUCAUUUUACUUCAAGCUGGAGGAGGCAUUGUUGUGGCACUCGUUGUCAAAUAUGCUGAUAAUAUUUUGAAGGGCUUUGCCACUUCUUUAGCCAUUAUCUUGUCUUGUAUCACUUCCAUGUACUUUUUGAAUUUUCAUCUAACGGGCCAAUUUGUAGUUGGAGCUGCACUUGUUAUGGGAUCUGUGUAUUUGUAUAGUCGGCCACAAAAUAGUGCUGUUGCUUACAAAAAAUAAUCAAUGAUAUUUGAAUACUGUGCCAUUACUCUAUCUUUGGUCACUGGCAAUUUUUCAUUCCACCUAAAUGACCUCUGUGUUGUGUUUUAUGGUAGUAAGAAAAUGUAUAUUUUUGCUAAUAUCUUGUUCUGAUAAAUUGACAUGUGUUUUCUUUCUGCUAAUUAUAAGAAAGCCAGCUAGUGUCAAUAUGUGAAAAUUCCUUUAUAUAUGGAUUUUUAGUUGUGAAGAAAGAUUAUGAAGUUGAUCUUCAUACUUUCCGAUUUGAAAAUAUAUUGAGUAUUUCAUUGGAUAUUGGCAACUUGUAUGAAUGUGAACUUAAUCAUCAUUUUUUUAAUAAGCUUUUAACAAGAAAAAUAAUUACCAGAAUUCAAAUUGAAACCAGUCUCUUCUAACUCAACCAGCGGCAAUGUUUUUCCUUUGUUCACAGUUUUUGACAUCAUCUUUAAAAAUUAUUUCACACUGAGAUAUUAAUAAUAUUGAGCUAAAAAAUAAUCUCUUAAUUUUAUCUUUUUUUUUUGUUCUACUAAAUGAUUAAGUUAAUUCUUUCUAAGUUAUAGAAUCAUUACAUUUUAACAUUUUCAGCAUUUUUGAUUUAAUUUUUUAAGAUACCUGAAAAGUAAAUUGCUUACAUCAACUGGAAUACUCAAUCUUAUUUAAUUUCUAACUGAAACUGGAUUUCAUGUACAUAAUUUUAAGUUUUUGUUUGUAAGAUAACUUUUUCAUCAAAGAUUAUGUAUUAUUUCUCUUAUUAUAGUAAAUAGAUAACAAUUAUUUAUAUAUAAAUUUUUAUCAAAGCACAAAUCAAUCAAAAUGUGAAUACAUCAUUAUUUUUUAUACCCUUAAUGAAUAAAACAAGCUUAAUUUAUUUAUGUCAGUUAUUACUAACUUCUAUUUUGUAUGUACUUAUCAUUGAAAAAUAAUGUAAUCAAGAGUUUUUGUAAAAGUAUUAUGGUUUUUCCUUAAUCUUGAAAUUUAGAAAAGGUCAAAUGUAAACCAGAUAUUUGAGUACACUUCAGAAAUUUUGUAUAAGAAAUAUCUCUUUGCUUUAUAUUAUAUAUAAAUGAAUGAAGUUUAAAAAUAUUUAUAUUCAUGAAUCUGCAUAAAUUAGGUCUGCUAUGAUUUUAAUAUUAAUUUUCCUUUUGUACUGCAAAACCCUUUAUUGCAGAUGAUGAAACUUGAAAGUGUAUUUAAUUAUUUACAAGUAUCUUUCAUUUUCUAUAUAGAGAAAGCAUCCUUUUCGGAGACGACUUCUGUACCACAUAUAUUUGAAUUCAACCCAAGAGAGGGAUAAGUUGUUGCUAAUAAUAUUGUUUGAUGGAAAGAUGUUAUUUUUCUAUAUUUAUCAGAUGUGUUAUCACUAAAUCGAAUUUUGCAUGCAAUAUAGGGAUAUAUAAAGACAUUUUGAUUAAUUUUGCUAUCAAUAAUAUGAACCUUUGUACAUUAAUAGUUCAAAACACAUUUUCAAAUUAAAAAUAUGGAGGAAGGAGGAAUGAAAUACAACAGUUUGUAGAUUCAAUCUUCUCCCAUCAUAUAUAAAUGCUACUAAGUAAAACUGAAUUACUCUUAAAAUAUAAAAUGCAUAUAUGAAUAAAAUUAAAAAAUACCUUAAUCAGUGGAAAAUAUUUUAAAGAUAUUGAGCACAGCAUAAAUGUUAGAAACUAGAUUAUAUAUAAAUAUUUUGAAAAGCUUGAGUUAAUAAAUAUUAAUACUUUUUAAAGAGAUUAAUCUCUAAUUUCAUAGGUAUUUUUCAACAAAAUAUAUAUGAAACUGGUCAAAAAUUAAAAUUUCUUCAUAGAUAACUUGCCGAAGAAAGUUUGUUGUUAAUUUAUUGGACUUUUCGCAGUUUUAUUGAUCAUUUUAUACUAUUUUCAUCCGUUUUUGAUACAGUAUUUUGUAUAUAUUUCCAUCCUUUAAGAACAUUAUGAUUCCAGAUUUAGAAUCAUCACAGAGGGAGCAUAGAAGUCCUGUCACUAGAGAGAGACUGAACAUUAGCAUUCUUUUCCCCACCUCCUUAUUAUCUUUUUAAAGCUAAAUAUAACAAGGAGGUGGGGAAAGUAUUGAAUGUAAUGUCUUAAAAUUACUUCCUCUUCCCCUAAUAUAAUUAUUAAAUAUAAUUCUGCACAAAUUAUCAAUAAUUACUACCCUUGAUUUAACUAUCAAGUUAAAAUAUUUAAAAAUAUAAUUUAUGAGAAAUUUUAAAAUAAAAUAUAAGUAAAAAAAAUUGAAAUCCUAUGCAUCCUUAUGAAGAGGUUUUGUGUGAAAGAUUCUCUUGCACUGUUAAUUUCUUUGAUUACAAAACAAUAAUAUAUAUGGUCAUUUUUAUUGUUUGCUUUUCUAUUAUGGUAUUUCUUUGGUUGUAGGUUUCAGGCUAUAUUAAAUAUAUUGUCACAAUAUUUCUUUGUCUUUUUAAGAGUCUAUAUGUUGUUAUUCUAGCACCAUGUAAAUCUUAAAGGUCACUAUUUUGAUAUGCAAUAAAGUAUUAUCUAUAAAAUGCUGAUAUUU